GAAUCUUACAAAUCUGUUCGUUUUAUUUACACUUUAGGUCUGUUCUUUGUAAUUAAACUAGUCCAUACUUUGAAACUUAAAAAAACAGAUAUAUAACUGUGAUCUGGUAUAAAAAAGAGAGAAAGAGAACCAGUGCAAGCAAGAACAGCCUGUUCGGCUAAAAAGAAGAGACCAUUUGCUCGUUGCUGCAGUCCCGCCGAAUAUGCGGAAAGCGCGACUAAAACGAACGGACCUUUCGUCAUGCCGGCGGGAGAGCGAGCGAUAAAAUGGCGGAUUUUCCGGAGAAAUUGGCCGUAGCACGGGGGAAAGAUUUCGUCAAACAAAAUAUCCUUCGCGUCAAAAGUUCCUCCCCGAAAGAGCCCAAGCAGCGCUCCGUCGACACUCGUUACGGCGACACGCGUGAUCUGAAAAAUAGCGGACUACUUCCGACUUACGUGCACAAGAAAAAUUAUGGCAAGAUACCGAAAUUCGUGGCGCUUGGCACAAGAGCCUCCGUGAGCGUAGAAACGGAAACUACGAGACACCGUGAUCUCGAUGAGGACAAAAUGCCCGUGAUACCCUUGUGUCGAUAUGUCGACAAGGAAGAGCGGAAAAUGUUGUUGGAUGGUAUGAAGGAAAAAUGGGAGAGUUUGAUGAAGCAAUUCCAAAGAUUGCCAUUGACCAUCACGCUGGCGCACGUGCAGAGGAAGGCCAGGUUGGAGCGCGAGUUGCAGCAGCUCGAAAAGGAUAUCGCGAUUGUCGAGCGACAUCCGCAUAUGUACGUUUACGGCACCGACGACACGUAACAACGUCGACAUGCUUUACGAUAUUUCGAGACGUACGGGGAAGAAAUGUAUCCGUCCUAUCACAUUCCUGUCGAUAUGUUCCGACAAUAUUUAUACAUUGUACGUGAAAAGAUGUAUAAACGAUUAAUACGAUCGAG